UCUCCCGGAAACUUCACUUGACGGCAUUAUAGGAGUUACGUCCCUCUGUUCUUCCUUCUCCCGGCUUCUCCCAGGUACAUCGUUCAGCACCAAAUUUAUCUGCCCUUCAUCCCCUGUUGGACCCCAGGUGGGCACUUGAGAUUUGGCAGUGGCACCAUUCUGAGAUACUGAUGGUGACUCUUCAGAAACAAGUCUGUGAAACAUUUUGUUUGAAUCAAAGGAAUUGAUGAACCCUCCCAAAAGAUGGAGACCUUCAGAGACAAGACUGUAGAUGAAUUGAAAGAACUGCAGGAAAACUUAGAAGAGAUUGAACGGUUGGCAUUGGAGUCAGAUGAGGUCCAGAAUGUACAGUUGCAAAGGGAGAUGGCUCUAGCCACAAAUCGUAGUCUUGCGGAGCAAAACCUGAAGUUCCAGGAUCCUCUAGAAACAGGACGUGCAAACCUCUCCGACAGAUAUCAAGAUCUACAAAAAUUGAUAGAGCGAUGCCAGGAGCAAAAGUCAAAGCUGGAGCAAUUCUCAGCAGCAACAAAGCCUGAUACCCUGUUAAAUCUUCUGAAAGUGGAAGGACUCAAAAUUGAAGAAGAAUCUGAGAUGAUGGCUGAAAAGUUCCUGGAGGGGGAGUUGCCUUUGGAGACAUUUCUUGAGCAGUUUUCUACCAUGAGGAAAUUAUCUCAUCUACGACGUGUAAAAGUGGAAAAACUUCAAGAAGUGCUGCAAAAAUCUCAGUCCAUGCCAGAGCCAGCAAAUGAUAAUGAAUUUAACCACCAGACUCCUUCCCAUGUACCUUCUGGACCUAUAAAUCAGCAGCCACAGAAGCGUUCAGCUGGGGAACCAGCUUUUCCUUUACCUUAUGGUCUAUCUCCUUGUGUUCCAACAGGCCCUUCAGCUCAUGGGGCUCUCCAGCCAGGCUCCUUUGGAGGAGCACCAAUUACAGUGGGACAUGCUGCUUCCUCUCAACCAAGUGCCCAGCCCCCAUUUCCAUAUCAACCAUACCCAUCUGUUCCUUCAAGUAAUCCAGUACCCCAGCCUCAGACAGGUGAUCUGGCUUCAUCCAGGUACUCUUGGUCUCCAUCCAGAACACCAUCUUCUGGACCAGGGUAUCCACAGCCUUCUCUCAGGGCUCCAUCAGUAGCACCAGGAUUUCCUCAGCCUAUGCAGCCUCCCUAUUUUCCAUCAGGAGGAACACCACAUUGUCCUUACCCCACUCAAUCUUCAGCGGCUGGCUUCCCUGUUCCCUCCCAGCCUCCAUAUCCUCCAGGUUCAGCUCCAUCUUAUGGGUAUCUGCCACCACCUCUUCCCCCUCGGGGCCAUACUUGGUCUGGAUAUUAGACCAGCUUUCCAGGCAGUAUUUUACAUGGUAGCUGAUGAAAUGGUGUCUUGCUAGCUAAUGAACCCCAAGAUGAAAAUUGGGGAGGGGCAUCCUGAGAAACAUAUAUACAUAAGCAUUACACUGAUGGAAUAAAUGAUGGAAUAAUACUGUUAAGAACUGUAAAGGAAGGCCACUGUUUGAUGGUUCUGUUUGUAAGUAUAGGUAGGCAGCCUUAAUGGAAUCUGUAUUGACCAGACAUUCAGUUCAAGCCAUAGUAUAAAAUACAUACAAAGACCCAGAGCUCUUAUCAUGGCACUGUGCUUGCUAAGCUCUUUAAAGAAGACUUAAUUGACAGCAACCUGGAUCUGGUUUUGUGUGGGGGCGUGUGUGUGUGUGUAGUUUUCUAAUUUAGUAUAUUAAAAUAUAUUAAAAAGUUCGAUAUACCUAUAUUCUUACAAAGAAUCUGAUUGAGAAAUCAGUUAAGCCUUUCUGAUAUAAAACAUGCUUUCUAAAGAAGUCUAAAGUUUCUCCUGGCAUUAGGACGUACCUCCUUGAUAGGAAUAGUAUGUUUUCUAACUCCACAAACAAAAAGAAAAGAGAGAAAGAAAGAAAGAAAGAAAGAAAGAAAGAAAGAAAGAAAGAAAGAAAGAAAGAAAGAAGAAAGUAAGUCAGUCUUCAUGUGAUCGUAGCCACAGCAGAUUACCAAACAAUUGCUGCUGGAUGUUCCCAUACGGAAGCUUUGGAGAACCCUUGUCAGUCUAAGGGAGCAUGUUUCUUCAUAGAACUGCAUUAACAACAAUGGAUGAGGUCAGCACCAAAGGCCAAAACUAUUCUGCUCAGUUAUGCUCAUUGUCCACCCAUUUUGCAAUUUAUGACGAGAGCUUCCACAAAGUCCACAAGGUGCUUCUCAUCCCACACAGCAUUUUUUUUAAAAAAAUCUGCCAUUGUUUGGAUUCUCCUUUUCUUCCAUAACACUUAAAUACCUUGCACUUUUUUGAUUUCAUACCAUGAAUCAAAACUUGCCAUGACUUCUUCAGUCCAUACGUAGCAUGUGGACAAUUGCUUUUAUGAUUUUGUUUGACCUAAGGAACUUGUGAUCUUGGCAUUGCUUGGCAGUUGGCUAGCAUUAUAGACUAAUAGAAAGCCAAAUCACUAUGCAUUUUUUAUAUUGGAGAAUAAAUGAAGUAAUGUCCUACCUACAUUAUUGAUUGUGACAACCUUCUCAGGAAUUUGGAUUUGUCGCUUCCAUCAUAUCCAGAUUCAUUUCUUUAAUAUUUUAAUUUUACAGGGAAUGUAGAAAACGGAGGCAUUUCCCUUCUUUUUGCUCUUUGUUCCACUUUGGUUGAGAAGAAGAAACACUGGCUUUUAAUAGAAUGCAGGAGAUGUAAUGGAAAACAAAAUAGUUUUGCUAAGCACUUUAUCCUCUUGCUUGUCUGUAAUUUAUAUUUUAAAAAAUGAACAAUAGAUUUGACUGACUUUCAGGCUUGAUGGAAGAAAUUGCAUAUAUGUAAUUGAUUACGAUAAUAAAAUUUGAUGAACUGUAUAGAA